UCUCACAGAUGAAAGUGAAAGAAAGCGCAACUACCGCGUUCGGGCAGGAAAAAGCGCUGACGCACUCACUGCUAAAACUCCUCCAUUCUUCACUCCAUCCCAGUAUCUUCCUUUCAUUCUUUUAUACGUCUACAUUUCUCUGGCUGAAAGAUGAUGAGCUCUAGUUCCCAGUUUGAGGCAGCGAGUGGAGGAUUCUGCUUUGAGAACGCGCGCAGGAAUGCAGUGUUGGAGGCGGGUCUGUCGGAGAAGGGCUACAGGACUCCAAAAGCCCGGAAGACUGGCACCACCAUCGGCGGGAUCGUAUUCAAGGAUGGAGUGAUCCUCGGCGCUGACACUCGUUCCACAGACGACAUGGUCGUGGCCGAUAAAAACUGCAUGAAGAUCCACUACAUCGCACCCAAUAUAUACUGUUGUGGAGCGGGCGUGGCAGCAGACGCUGACAUAACCACCCAGAUGAUGUCGUCAAACAUCGAGCUACAUUCUCUCAGCACUGGACGUCCUCCUCAGGUCGUCACAGUGACACGCCAACUCAAGCAGCUGCUGUUCAGGUAUCAAGGACACAUUGGCUCGUCUCUCAUCGUCGGAGGAGUGGAUGUUAACGGUUCCCAGCUCUACAGCAUCUACCCUCACGGCUCCUACGAUAAACUGCCCUUUACCGCCAUGGGUUCUGGAUCAGAUGCAGCCAUCUCUGUGUUUGAAGACAGAUACAAACCCAACAUGGAGCUGGAGGAAGGAAAGCAGCUGGUGCGUGACGCCAUCACCGCUGGGAUCUUCUGUGACCUGGGGUCUGGCAGUAACGUUGAUCUGUGUGUGAUCACGGAGAAAGGAGUAGAUUAUCUGCGGGGCUAUGACCGGCCUGUACAGAAAGGCCAGAGAGAAGGCAAGUACAGCUACAAGCAAGGAACCACACCAGUUCUGACGAAGACCAUUACGCCGCUCACCCUGGAUGUAGUGGAGGAGUCUGUUCAGAUGAUGGACAGCUAGUGAAGCUCAGCCACCUGUUGCUUUUGCUUUCUUUCCAUAACAGAUUAGUGAUGAGGAAUUCAAAUCUUCGAUCAAAUCAUGACAUGGUAUUAUAUGUAAUUCUGUCCAGUGUCACAUUAUCAAGAUGUAAAGUGUUCCAGCAUGUGGAAAGGUCUAAGGGAAAUUCACUGAAUGAUCGCAAAAAUGACACUUUUACAAGUAGUUUGCCUAAUAAAUAAAAAA